AUUCCCUGCUAAAACUGCUGGGUGACCUUUCAGUAACUCCUAGUUUGAGCUAGAUGUCAUUAGAGACAUGGGCUGGAAUUUAAAUGAAAGACAGCUGUUCCUCGAAUAAAUAAAAGUACAAUCUCAAAAUAGUGAUUUGUUUUCUGUUGGCAAAACAAACUUUUGCCCCCUCAGAUGCUAAGUGAACAGUAAUUGUAACAGGUUUGUAAUUACUGAUCAGCCGGCAGGUUAACAUUUCUAUUUUAAUCCCGCGUGUGCCUGUACAGAAGCGUAUGUUCUAAUCUGUGUGGGCUGCAGCCUGAGCCGUCCUACAAUGAAGCUUUCUUUGUCCAGUUGAAUGGGAUCCAGUGAGUUGCCGGAAGGCACUGGAGGUGGCUGAGAGGACAAGACGACGAGGGCAUUUCCUCUUUCAGCUUCAGCGGUGCGUCCACUUCGUCUCCAUAGCCUUAACGGAAGGACCUCCUGGUUGCCAAGAAGGCCACGUGACAGAAUUGGUGGUGUCAACCCUCCCCCGGGUGGAGAAGGAGAGAGAGUAAAAGGGGGCAUGGUCCUGUCUGUCCAUGUGUGUUUGUGUGUGUGUGUGUGUGUGUGAAUAGGGGGGCGGGGUGUUGACGCAUGCGCUCUGGGGCCCUGGAGGUAACAUUACACUGAUUCCCAACUGCGCCUUCACCAGCUGGGCCUCUGUAGAUGACAGAGCCAGAGAAAUCGGUGGGGUGGGGGGACCUGUCUGUCUGAUAGCACGAAUGUGAGAAUCCAGCGCCUCUCCCUGCUACACCUCCUCCUGCUUAGCGGGAGAACAAGAGGCAGCGAAGGAGGAGGGUCCCUUCUCUGCUCUGCUCUGCUCUGCUCCGCUUCAUUCCGCUCCACUCUGCUCCGCUGCCACUUUUCUCCUCCCGCACCGAGGAAUGCGCGCCAUCUUCACGGCGAUCCCUUAGCCAGAGCUCCUAUUCUCCGCAGCGCACCGCUGGCCUUACCGAGGAGGAGGAGCGGCAGCGGCGGCGGCAGCGGCGGCAGCGGCAGCAGCACUCCGGCCAGGAAGCGUGCAGACCAGGAGCCUGGACCAGAUGGCGUCCGGGGACAUCACGACCCUCCCUGCCGUACCCGAGGACGGGGGCAGUGGCACGUUCCCCCCGGGCAACUUCAAGGAGCCCAAGAGGCUGUACUGUAAAAACGGGGGGUACUUUCUGAGGAUACACCCCGACGGCAGGGUGGACGGCAUUCGGGACAAGAGCGAUCCCCACAUCAAGCUACAGCUCCAGGCGACGUCAGUUGGAGAAGUGGUGAUAAAGGGACUCUCGGCCAACCGAUACCUUGCCAUGAAUGCCGACGGGAGACUGUUUGGGAUGAGACGCCCAACAGACGAAUGCUACUUCAUCGAGCGACUGGAGGCCAACAACUACAACACGUACCGCUCCCGAAAAUACCCCAACUGGUACGUGGCUCUGAAGAGGACGGGACAGUACAAGUCAGGCUCCAAAACGGGACCGGGCCAGAAGGCCAUCCUCUUUCUCCCGAUGUCUGCAAAAUGCUGAGCUCUAAAACCAGCAGGGAA